CGAUCAUAGAGGUAUAUAUAACCCAAAGCGACCCCGCCAUUAUCCAUACGAACCCCGCAAUCCACAGUCCGCAUCUCACCAACUCCACCUCCCUCAAUCCUCCAUUCACCAUCACCAUCACCAACCCACCACCAUCACCAUGCUCAUCAAAGAAUUCCACAAAGACGUCCUUACGGCCUCAGGCGAGACAAUGCGGAUCUUCAUCACGCACCCAUCGAUCCCGAACCAUCCGCACGCCAAAUUCCCGGGCGUAGUAGUAUUCUCCGAGAUCUACCAGGUGACGGGGCCAGUCGCGCGGUUCGCGCGGCAGAUCGCGGGCCAGGGCUACAUCUGCGCGGCCCCCAGCUCGUUCCAUGGCUUUGAGGGCCCAGAGCCCCUCGCCUAUGAUGGCCCAGGGACCGAUCGCGGGAAUGAAUUGAAGGUUACUAAGUCCGUGGCCUCCUACGACGAAGACGCCACGCUCGCGAUCGACCUGCUGCUCUCCCUGCCGACGAUCAACGGGUCGAUCGGGGCGACGGGAAUGUGUCUCGGGGGGCACCUUGCGUUCCGGUGCGCGAUGGACGCGCGCGUGACCAGCGCGGUGUGCUACUUCGCGACGGACAUUCACAGCCACAGCCUGGGCGCCGGGAAGCAGGACAACUCGCUGCAACGGGUCACGGCCGGAGACCUCGGCCACGCGGAGGUCGCGAUGAUAUUUGGGAAACUCGAUAAUCAUGUUCCUGCUGAUGGGAGGGAUCUCAUCAGGAAGUCCCUCCAUGAGGCGGGCGUCGUGUUUAGCUUCUAUGAGCUGGCGUGGAGCCAACAUGCAUUCAUCCGAGACGAGAGCUCGAAGAAUAGGUAUGAUCCGGCGAUUACGAAGGUCUGUUUUGAGAUAUUGCUGGAGCAGUUCGGACGGACGUUGAAGUCGGAUCUUGGCCCGUUUGAGGCCAAUCUCAAGGUGGAGGAUAUUUGUUAGUAGAUACUUCCUAGUACUUGAGUUAAGGAUCAUGGUAUCUGAAAAAUGGGCAAAAUGGCGAAAUGGCAAAUAAUGACAAAAAUGUGGC